CCGCCCCAAAUGGCGUCGGCCGGACAGAGCAUCUUAUAUAAGCCUUAUUUGAUAUUUUUUUGUAAGUUCGAGACCCUAUCUGACCCUUAUACAAUAUACUCCCUCCGUAUUUUUUUUAGUGGAAAUUACCCGUUUGAACCACUUUUAACCCUUACAUUUCAUUUUUGUCACCCGACUUUUUUUCUUUCAUCUGUCGAUUUUUAUCUUUUCAGUUUUAACUUCAUUAUUUCAGAAAAGUCUCCAUCUCCUAUUACACUGGAUCUCUCGUUUCUUCGUCGUUUUAUUAUCUCCCUUCAUCCUCUUCCUUCCCCCGAUUCUAGUUGGCUUGGCUUCCUCCGAUUCUCUCAGUUUCUCCCUUUGGCCUUCAAUUCCACACCAGCGUGACACUUCUCGGGGGCUUAAUCAGGCUCUAGAGCUGACGACGGAAGGCCUGGGGAGCGAACGACGGCUUCCAUGGCUUAAUCGGAUUCCUCGUUUCUGUGUCGUCAGGCACCAAUCAAUUGAUCCAGUUGUCUUCGGACUAGGAACAGAGAGUAGAGGCAUCCAUGUGUUUCUAAUGCAGAUUAGAGAGUGAAUCUUCCUCCGGCAUCUAAGCAAAGUCUCUCGAUGCAGAUUGCAGAACAAAGUACCUAGUUUGGACGGGGUUUAUUUUGUAGGGCUGGGCAGAGUCAUCGUUAUGAAGAUUAAGGGUUAGCAGCAUCUAUCAAAUGAGACCCAUCUGGUUCUUUGUUGGCUUCAAGUUCAGAUAUGAUGAUUCCACAACUAAGAUAUGGAGCUUGGAGCAGGACACAUGUGUGCAGGAUUUGGAAGAACAUAAUAACGACAUAUACACAAUUAGACCGAGUCCAUCAGGUACAAACAAUCCUAACAAGCAGUUGAUGCUGACAAGUGCCUCUUUUGACUCAACCAUAAAGCUAUAGGUGUUGAAUUAGGGCGUGUUAUCCAUAGCUUAAAUGGCCAAAGGGAUCCGAUUUAUUCGGUGGCAUUUAGGCCAAACAGUGAGUGGUCAGGCAGUGGGUCCCUAGACGAAUGGCUGAUUAUAUGGUCAUUGAAGUAAGCUAAGAUCGUGAAAAUCUACACUUGAAAUGGGGGAUUUUUGAAGCUUUUGUUAAAACAAAUAAUGAGGGUGGCUUGAUGUUUCUCAAACAAUCUCUUUUGUGUCAUGAACUUCUCCACUAAUAAACUGGAAUGUGAUUCCAAUUUGGCCAUUGGGGAGAUGGUUGAAACAUGGUUACAUAUAAAAAUGUCAAGGUUUCAUUAGCAAACUUGUUUGCUAUUUAGCUUCCAGAACUACAAUUGUAAAUUGUAAUGUGGGUUGUAAUAAUAGUUGAGUACUUGAGUUGUAUAUAUUUUGUGAAAUUUCUAUAUGUUGUUUAUGUUGCUCUUUGUUUCAUCAAAUGUGUUUCUUUUUUGUUGCAUUGUGUUGCAUUUU